AUGUCUUCAUCUCCUUCUGAAGUAUCAAAAGUCUCAGUAAAACCAAUACCCGGUGACUAUGGCAUCCCUUUCUUUGGUGCCAUCAGAGAUCGUCUAGAUUAUUUCUAUAACCAAGGCAAAGAUGAGUUCUUUCGUACCCGUAUCCAGAAAUACCAAUCCACAGUCUUCAAAACAAACAUGCCUCCUGGCCCUUUCAUUGCCAAAAAUCCCAAAGUCAUUGCCAUCCUUGAUGCAAUCUCAUUUCCAGUCCUCUUUGACACUUCUAAGGUUGAAAAACGUAACGUUCUUGAUGGUACUUUCUUCCCCUCCGUCUCCUUCACUGGGGGAUACCGUGCUUGCGCCUAUCUUGACCCUUCCGAGCCUAAGCACACCUCUCUCAAGUCUUUUUUUAUGUCUACUCUAGCAUCCAAGCACAAGGACUUCAUCCCUCUCUUUAGAACUUGCUUGUCGAAGCUUUUCAUUAACAUUGAGGAUGACAUGGUUUCUCAAAAGAAAGCAAAUCUCAACAAGUCUAGUGAUGCUAUUUCUUUCAACUUUGUGUUUCGUCUGUUUGGCAGUCAAGAUUCGUCUGAUACAAAGCUUGGAUCAGAAGGACCUGCCAUUGUAGAUAAAUGGUUGGCUUUACAACUUGCACCGCUUGCAACCCUAGGAUUACCGAAGUAUCUUAAAUAUAUUGAAGAUAUUUUCUUGCGUACAUUUCCAUUACCGUUUUUCUUUGUAAAAUCUGAUUAUAAAAAGCUUUACGAUGCGUUUUACGAGUCUUCGAGUUCGGUUUUAGACGAAGCAGAGAGUUUUGGGAUCAAAAGAGAUGAGGCUUGCCAUAACCUAGUGUUUCUUGCAGGUUUUAAUGCUUAUGGUGGUCUGAAAAUUUGGUUCCCUACCCUGAUAAAGUGGGUUGGCACAGCAGGAGAGGAGUUACACAGCCAACUUGCUAAUGAAAUCAGGAGCAUCGUUAAGGAAGAAGGUGGUGUCACUUUCCAGGCAUUGGAUAAGAUGACUUUGACCAAGUCAGUUGUUUUUGAAGCUUUAAGGAUUGAGCCUCCGGUUCCAUUCCAAUACGGUAAGGCCAAGGAGGAUGUUGUGGUGCAUACUCAUGAUGCAGCCUACGAGAUCAAGAAAGGUGAAAUGAUCUUCGGAUAUCAACCGUUCGCUACAAAGGAUCCUAGAGUUUUUGAUGAUCCGGAGGAAUUUUUGGCUCAUAGGUUUGUGGGGGAGGGAGAGAAGCUUUUGAAGUAUGUUUAUUGGUCAAAUGGGCGUGAGACUGAGGAUCCAACUGCGGAGAACAAGCAAUGUCCUGCGAAAGAUCUAGUGGUACUCGUAUCCAGGGUUUUCUUGGUGGAAUUUUUCCUCCGUUAUGACACAUUUGCAGUUGAAAUUGCUGGAGCAUUCGCACUGGGGUCAACCGUGACUUUCACUUCUUUGAUCAAGGCCACGAGCAUUUGA